AUGUCGGAUACUAAAAGCAACGAUGAUUUCUACGAUACAAUCUGCACUAUCGUGUAUUCGUCGAAAGAUCAUCAGAGCUUGCAUAAAUCAUUGAAUGGUCAAUUUAUACUUUACCAACUUCUCAUCGAUUAUCUACUAGACGACAAAACACCGUUUUCCAAAGCCAAACCUGCAUUAUAUCAAUAUUUCAAACCGGAUAAUCAAUUCGAUCAAAGAAUUCUCAAAGAAUUCGAUAAAGAAUACACGUCGGACAAAGCGAUUUAUUGGUACACAAGAGAUGCUUCGAUUUAUAAAUUCUUAAAUAAAGCUUUACGAUUACAAAAUCUUGACGAUGUCGUAGCAUUCGCGGCAUUAAUUCGCGAUAUUGAUAAACAAUUAAAAGAAGAGUACAAAUCAUUUGUAAAAACGAAGAAAACAUCGAUCAUUCAAGUUUAUCGUGGUCAAUUGAUUCACAAAGAUGAAAUCAAUCGUUUGAAAGCCAACCAAGGUCAAUUGAUUUCGAUGAAUUCAUUUUUAUCUACAAGUGCCAAUCGAGAGAAAGCCUUGCACUUCACAGUCACUCAAUCUCCACCAACCGAACAACUAACCGCAAUUUUAUUUGAAAUCUAUGCAAAUAUUCAGAGUCCCAGUCGACCAUUGGCGGACAUCAAACAUCUACGCGGAUUUUCCGACGACGAAGAAGUUUUGUUCAUGUUCGGAUGCGUUUUUCGUCUUGAUGACAUUUGGUUUGAUGAACAAUUGAAAAUUUGGCGUGGAAAAUUAACUUUAUGUGGUGACAAUGAUUCCGAUAUGAAAGAUUUCUUAUCAACAUUAAACAAAGAACUUAGCGGCAGAAGUAAAUUAAUAUCUUUCGGAACUUAUCUCAUUCAAAUGCAAAAAUAUCAACAAGCGCAAGAGCAUUUCGAGAAAUUACUCGAAAAUAAAUCCUUUAACGAUCCAACGGAAUUGGCACAUUGCCAUUAUGGUUUAUUUCAAAUCAAUUAUGUGAAAGCAGAAUAUAAAUCAGCGAUAAAUAAUCUGAACAAAACUCUAGAUUGUUUAGUUGAAUAUUCGGAACAAAAUGAACAUCCAUUGAUUUGUCAAGCACUGAAUGAUUUAGGCAGAGUUUAUGCCAAACAAAAAGAAUAUAUUUUAUCAAUACAUUUCUACAACAAAGCAUUGAAAACAAUCAUUAAUGAUUGCCCAACAACAUAUUCCGGCUUAGCACAUGUUUAUUUCGAAUUAGAAGAUUAUUAUCUCGCUUUGGAAUGCCUACAAAAAGCUCUGGAUAAUCAACCAUCAAGUGCCUAUGGAUCUAUCGCAGACACCUACAUUUCAAUGGCGAAAGCCUAUGCAAAAAUUAGUCAGCAAGGUAAAGCAUUGGAUAUGUAUGACAAAGCAUUAGAAUCUCAAUUGAAAAUCUUCGGUUCUAAUCAUCCCGACUUGAGUUACACUUAUACAGCGAUCGGUCUGAUGUAUUCCGACUUGGGAAAUCAUGAUAAAGCUUUAGAAUUGGUCGAUAAGGCUUAUCACAUUCAAGUUGAUUCUCUUCCAAAUCAUCAUUCCGAUUUUACGAAAACGUUUCAACAUUUUGGUGAUCUCUAUGUGAAAAAAGGUGAACUAGAUAAAGCUUUAUAUUAUUUUCAUAAAACAGUAGAGAAUCAAUUGAAGAUUUUCGCAUGGAAUCAUCCGAAAAUAGCUGAAUCAUAUCGUCUGAUUGGUGAUAUCUAUCUUAAGAAGAAAGAUUACGAUCGUUCAAUUAGUCAUAUUCAUCAAGUUCUUCUCAACGAAAUCGAUCGAUUUACAUUCGGAAAUCCUAUCCUAAGUGAUACAUUCAAAUUGAUUGCAGACAUCUAUUUUGAGAAGAAAGAUUUCGAUCAUGCCUUACAAUAUUAUCAUAAAUCAUUAGAAAAUGAAUUAGUGAAGAAAUUGCCUGAAGAUAUUUCAUUGAUACCAAUUUAUAAAGUCAUUGCCAAACUUUACUACAAGAAACGUUCGUUAAGUCAAGCGUUACUCUAUUACAAUCGUUUACUUAAUUGUCAUUUGCGACGACAACCGUUCAAUCAAUCAGUUCUCUUCGAUAUUUACAAGAAAAUCGGAAAAGUCUAUUUACGAAAACGGCAUUUCGAUGAAACAUUACUAUUGUAUGACAAAUCUCGCAUUCGUCCAGGAAAAAACAAGUCCACGAUGGAAAUCUACAAAGAUAUUGACAAUGUGCAUUUUGAACGACAACAUUUAGAUGAAUCGUUAUUCUAUUUCGAACGAUAUCUCGAACAAUUAUUGAAAGAAAACACUCCAAAUGAGGUCUCCAUCAAUCGAACGUACUUCAUUCUCGGAAAUAUAUCUUUAGAAAAGCAAAAAUAUGACAAAGCAUUGAAUUAUUUCACUUUGUUGUUAAACACCGAACUAAAGAAGAAAUAUUUCAACGAUCCAUCAUUGACCAAAAUCUACAAAUUCUUAGGAAAUAUCACUUAUAAACUAAGUGAUUAUAACGAAUCGCUCUCGCAUUUCUAUCGUCUGAUCGAUUGCAUUACACAACGAAGACCGUUAGAAGAUACGUCGGUUAUCAAUACUUAUGGAAUGAUUGGUAAAAUCUUCCUUAAGAAACAUUAUCAAAAUCAAAUAGCGAACUACUUCGUUCUCUAUACCGAUCAAAGCAAAGCAACGAAUCCAAUCGAUGUUCUCUAUGAAAAAUACCACUUAGAUCAAACAUUGACAUAUUUUAAAAAAAUGUUAGACAAAAAGACGUCGACAAAUGUCUUUACAAAAGAUUCAAUUUAUAUCAUCGUCGCAAACAUUUGCCUACAAAAACGAGAACCGAAAGAGGCAUUACGAUAUUUUCAUUCGUUGAUCAAAUUACAAUUAGAAAAACAACCAGCAGGAGAUCUUUCAACAGCGAUUAUUUAUUCUAUCGUGGGUGAUAUCUAUUUUAAAUUAUCAGAUUAUAAUCAAGCUUUGGUCAAUUAUCAAAGUGCGUUAGUUAUUUAUCAAAGAUUGUAUGCAAGCAAUCACUCAUCGGUAGUCACAACUAAAUAUAAAAUUCGAGAUGCUGUUUUUCCUGUUUUAUAA